AUGGGGUGGGCCCUCAAUCCUCCGAGCACCGAGUAUAUGCUUGAAGAGCCUGGACGCAUGCAUACACGAGACGCCCGCCUCUUUCGACUGAAGGAAAAUGACCUGCUUAUCCCAUACUUUGACAACAUUUGUUUUCCUGAUUCAGAUGACGUCCAGAAUGAUCUUCUGAAGACGUACCACAAGCUCGACGGGCGCGCAAUUUGCUAUGAUGCAGCAAAUAGCCCGUCUAAGUGA